AGGAGCGUGUCAUCGGCCCCUCCAACCUCCUCUCCCAAUCAGCAAAACCCCUCCACCCGGACACAGUUCACGAUCUCCCAGAUCCGCAAGAUCCCCUGAAUUUUCCCAAGACAUAAUCAUCAACCCACCAGCCCCCCAGGUCAUCAAAGAUGGAGAAACUCGAUGAGUCAGACUACCAGACCCUCAUCACAUGGUACUGCCAACAGAGCUACUACACCAGUAUGUUAAGACAAGCGAAGGAAGCUGUCGACUCCUUUCCCUCAAGCGAAACCCUCAAAAUUCUCCUGGCCCUGGCUUACCUCCUGACGAAUCGGCCUCAGGACUCUCUACAGCAGGUCAACGAUCUCCUCGGCUCUGAUGACAGCACUCUCCCCUCCCUCAUCAUCCAGAGCUUCGCUUAUCGAUUGAGCAGCAAUAAAGAUCGUUCAGUCAUCACUCAGAUAGACUCUAGGAUCCGUGAAGACAGGCGAAAAGCGACAUCAACAUCACUGUCCCGAACAGCGAUGGUUCUUUUUCUGUUGAAGAAAGUAGAAAAAGCAAGGGAAUACGCAGAGAAAGCCUAUAAAAUGAGUCCUCAUGAUCUUGAUGUGCUCUUGAUAAGUUCCUCAAUCGACUUGAGCAUCUCCAAAGGCGAACAUAACUACCUUUCCACCAUCCAGAAGGACCACAGUAGACGCCUGAGUGUCCUUCUGGCAACAGCAAAAUUCCACGAGGUCAAUGGCUCUCACGAGCAAGCCAUCUUGAUCCUUAAUGCACUGAUCGUUCGUUAUUCCAGCUUGUGCAUUCCCCUGAUCGAGAAAAUGGCAAAUCAAUUGGCCAUGAAGGACUGGGAUCAGGUAUUGGAGACGUGCAACAGGAUCUCUUCCAUCGACUCCAACGAUCUAGAUGCUAUCAAAGCCAAGACUGUCGUAAUGAUCUGUAGGGAUGGGGAUUAUCCCGCUGCAAUCAAGACACUUCAGCUAUUUUUCAGAAAUUUAGCCCUAGCUGAACCCAAAAAUGUUGAACUGUUCUUGAAGAACGUCCAGCUGUUCACGAGGAUAACGAAUAGAGACAGAGAUAUCCUCCUAGAGCUUUCGAGAAUCACUGAGAAGCUCAUUCAGCAGAAUCCAAACUCCAGUGAACCAAUGAUUGAACUUGGAAAUAUUUACUUAUUGAUGCAGAGGGUCAAGGAAGCUGAGCACUGGUACAGAAGUGCAGUGAGAAUCGACGAGUCGUCGUUCCCGGCUCUCAUGGGUUUGGCCCACUGUCAAAUCCUGGAGACAACCCCGGGAUCUGCUGAUCUAGCAAGACAACAGCUGGACUUCCUCAUGGAGGUCCAGUCCAAUACAUUGGAUCCAAAGCUUUACUUCAUGUCAGCGAAGCUAAGUUCAAACGAACCGAAUAAAGCCUUGAAGUACUUAGAGAUGGCACUCGACCUGAUCCUGAAGAACUCUUCGAAUUUGCCAUAUGGCUACCACUACCUGAUCGAAUUAAACCCAGUAUUUUCCCUUGAAAUCGUGACAGAAUUUCUGUGCAACUCACCAACAGCGGCAAUCAAUGAUAUUCAGGAGAGAAAGACCUCCGAAGAAGAUAAGCCAAUUUUGGUCCUCUUGGGAAUGAUAACCGACGCUUGCUCUGGUUCUCCCGAAGCCUUUUUGCUUCUCGCAAAAGCGAAAAUGCAAUACGGGGACUUCGAGGGGGCCCUAGACACCCUAAAGCGGAUGCUAGACAGCGUCGACCCUUCGAAUGUCUCCGCGCACCUGCUAAUGGCCCAGAUACUGACCCGCCAGGGUAACUACCAAUCUGCGUUUCAAAGUCUCGAAGUGGGACUGAGCUACAACUUCAAAGUCCGAGACGACCCAAUUUACCACUUGAUCUCUGGAAUUGUUGAGAAGCAAAAUGGUGACUUGGAGAGUUCCAUCACCAGUCUGCGGACGGCAAUGUCCCUGAUAGACGCCAGGAUGAAAUCAAAGGAGCCAAUAGCAGGGGAUUCCAUCUCGUUAUCGGACCGAGCAACUCUGUACUUAGAGUUGAUAUCGGCUUACAGCCAACUGAAGAAAUUCGAUGAAGCGUCUGCCCUGAUGAACGAAGCCAAGUCUCUUUUCUCUAACACUGUAGAAGAAGGGAGGCUGAUUAUUGGAGACGCAGAGCUGUCCUUGGAGAUGGAUGAGAUCGACCGUGCGAUAAGUUAUUUGAGUCAGAUCAAGCCGAAUGAGCCGUACUACCUUGACGCUCACACAAAGUUAGCUGAGAUCCACCUGCACCAGAGAAAGGAUCGUCACGCCUUCGCGAAGUGCUUCAGGGAGCUGGUGGAGCACUGUCCAGGGUCCAAGACCUACAGCAUGUUAGGGGACGCUUACAUGGCGAUUCAGGAGCCAGAUCGAGCUAUCGAGGCUUAUGAGCACUCGUUGAAAGAUUGUCCUGGGGAUAAAGUGCUCGCGAGGAAAAUGGGAAAGGCUCUGAUAAAGACUCAUCAGUACAACAGGGCUGUUAACUAUUACAAGGAGGUAGUGAGGAAUAAGGGCUGUGGAGAGCUGAAGCUGGAUAUGGCAGAAUUGUUCAUGAGGAUGAAGCAGUUUGAUAAGGCCGAGGGUGUUUUGACCCAAGAGCUGCUGGAGGCGAGGGGAGCUACCGACCUAGAACAUCUGGAGAUGAGGGGAAGGCAACUGUUGCUCCUUGCCAAGGUCAGGGAGAGGUCGGGGAAUAUUCAGAUGGCUUUGUCGACAUUGAAAGAGGCAAAAGAAAAUCAGAUCAGAUGCAUUCAGAGAAUGUCGGUUAAUACUUCGGUGACUGGUCUCAAGCAAGUGCUAGCAGAGAUCUGCUUGACUAUGGCUGAUCAUGCUACCGCGGUCAGGGAUUGGGAUCAGGCGAUUGUACAUUAUAAGGAGGCACUGCAGCAUAAAGCUGCGGAUAUCAAGGCCCUGUUGUCACUGGCAAAGUUGUACAUGCAGAUUAAUGAUCUGGAUAAGUGUGCAGCGAGCUGCACUGCUCUGUUGACGGCUGAUCCUAAUAAUGAGGCAGCUUCUGUUAUGAUGGCGGAUCUCGCAUUCCGGAAGGUGGAUUUUGAAACUGCCGCCUUUCAUUUCAGGCAAUUGCUGAUGAGAAGACCCACUUACUGGACGGCUCUUGCGAGGCUCAUUGAAGUUUCCAGAAGAACUGGUAAGAUCGACGAUCUCGACGAAUGGCUCUCGCGAGCAGAAUCCGCGACUGAAGGAUCAAACCGAGACGCAGGGUUCUACUACUGCGCUGGACUGCUCGACUGGCGCACCGGUAAGUUAAACUCGGCCCUGAGGAACUUCAAUGCAGCAAGGCGUGAUCCAGAAUGGGGACAGCAGGCGAUUUACAACAUGAUUGAAAUUUGUCUGGACCCGGACGACGACUCGGCGUUAUCCAGUGAGGCCUUCAACGAAGAAGACGCUCAGUAUCAAGACUCUCGUACGAUGGCUCUGAAAACAGCCCAACGACUCCUUCAAGAGCUGAACCCGAAGGGCAGCCCUCACGAAAUGUUGACGCACCGGCUUUUGGAGAAUUUCUUCCUCCUCACAACGAAGAUCAAGACGAAUAUUGAGAAGGCUCUGCAGGAUUGCACCGCCCUGGCCAGUCAAGAGACACUGAGAGAUCAUGUGGGACCAGCUCUGGGUCUCGCCACAGCCCACAUUCUCCUGAAACAGACCCCAAGGGCUCGAAAUCACCUGAAACGAGUUGCCAAGAAUGUCUGGACCUUUGAGGACGCCGAGUACCUUGAACGAUGUUGGCUCCUUCUUGCUGAUAUCUAUGUGCAGUCAAAUAAAUAUGAUCUUGCUAAUGACCUGCUCCGGAAAGUCCUUCAGCACAACGCCACCUGCGUCAGGGCCUAUGAGCUAUCAGGGCACAUCUCCGAACGGGAACAAAAUUACAAAGAAGCUGCUGUGCAGUACGCACAGGCUUGGAAAUUCGGUGGAAAAACUAAAUUAUCUGUUGGGUAUAAAUUGGCGUAUUGUUGUUUGAAAAGUAAAAAAUAUCCCGACGCUAUUCAAGCUUGCAAUGAGGUGCUCAAGCAGAAUUCAGACUUUCCGAGGAUUCGAAAGGACAUUUUGGAUAAGUCUAUUCAUAAUAUUAGAUCGUAAUUUUUCGGGAGUUAUGAAGUUCGGAGGAGUUUGGACUAUCCUGGUGGGACAGUGACUGCAAUAAAAUUGGUGUUUAAAGGC